AUGCCCCCAACCAUUAUUUCUGUGGAGGGAUACGACACUUGUCGUCCUGAGGACGAUAUCAAGAGUGAAUUGAUUAAUCACUUCAAUUCAUGUGGCGAAGUCUUUAAUGUUAUUGUCCGCGAAGACCCAACUAGCCCUAAUCUCGACAGACGUGCUUUGGUUAUUCUUCUCGGAGAAGGCGCAGAAGAGAAGGCCUUGCAACUUAAUGGAACCGACAUUGGUGGAUGGAAGGCUCUUGUUAAAGUUGAACCAGAGGAGGAGGACGCGGAGAUACAACGUUAUAGACUUCUUCUGAUUGACGAAUAUACGAAUGACCGCAGAUUUUGGUAUGGCGUAACCGUUAGGGGAUAUGACAGUUCCCUUCCUGCAGAUGAAGUCGAGAGCGCUUUGAAAGAACUCUUCUCUUCUUGUGGAGAGAUCACCCAUGUUUUUGUCAAUACUCUCGAUAAGCUGACUAACACUACAAGAAAAUCUUGUAAUAUCUAUUUUCACCAGAAAGAAGGAGAAGUUAGUGCACUGGAUCUUUGUGGAAGUGAAGUGGGAGGAGGAUUCAAAAUAGCCGUUCGGCGCGUAGCUACGAUCUUUUCUAACCGUCCCCCUCCCUCUUCCUCCGGUGAAAGUGAAAUUUACUUCGGCUACUCUAUCCCAGCUCAUAUGAUCGAGUUUUCCGCCGAGAUCAAAAACAAGGUCACUGCUCUUAAGAAGACACGAGGUCAUCGCUGCUUUUGA